UUUUUUUUUGUCUUUUUCUUUUGUCUUUUAUUUUAUUUGGCAGUUAUUGACCAUGGAUAGUGUGAAUAAACGUAAACUGGAUACAUGGGAAGACGAAUGGGAAAGAGAAGCUAUUAAUACAAGACAAACUCCACCCAACAAGACAGCUCUUUAUUCUUCAGUACUAGAACAAUCUUAUUCAAAACUCAAGCAAACAUGUACAGAUUUGGAAAUGACCUUGACUAGUCUUACUAAUUCGUUAGAGACGUUGAAACUUUCAUUGGAUACUCAACAAGCUAAAACAAAACAACGACAGAAAAAGCAUCGUCAACUCUUGAUAGCAUCCAUUGACAGAGUGACUGAUAGAUUCGUCCAAAAUCAAAAAGGAUGUCUUGGUCAAUUGCAUGAAAAUCAACGGGAUUUGAAUCAAGUAUUGGAAACUGGGGAUGCAUUGGCAACUGCUCUGAAUCUUCAAUUAAAAGCGAUACAACAUGGACCUCAUUCAUCUAUUAUUAAUGUCAAUUCUCAGGAAUCAACUAUCAAUGUAUCUAGAGAAAAGGAUGUUGACAAGAAUCAUUUAGAAGAUGUAGCGAAUAUCGAACAAUUGGUAAUAGCUCAUGAUGCUUUGGAAAAACGAUAUGUACAAGCAAGAUCUCAAAAGAAAGGAUAUCAAGCUAGGGUAGAGGUUUUGGAAAAGGAACUACGAAGGAUGAAUAGUUUACCACAAAUCAUUCCUAUACUCAAAUCCACUACGGCGAAUUGUGAAAUGGAAAUCAGACAACAUCGACAAGCACAAACGAAAUUACAAAUACCAUCACAUAUUCAUCAAUUAGGUGGCUUACGUAUACGAUCACCUUUGAUGGCUUCUCAACAAAGAAAAGUAAACCAACAGUUAUAUCAAACAAAUUUACAGCUCAAAAAGAUAUAUCAUAGCAUAUUACGACAAAGGUCAACACAACAAUUGAUGAUUUAUAGCUAUCAAGUGGAAAGAAAAUACCUUCUUUCUUAUUAUCAUGCUCUACUCGCUUAUCAAUUGGACCUACAAAAGGAACAAAAAAAUCAAGAUCGAUCUGUCCAAUUUCGACAUCAAUAUGAUGAGGAUCCUGUGAUGUUAGAAAUCAAGAAAUGUUUGACCACUUUUCAACAACAGCAGCAUCGUUAUAAUAUGGUAAUGCUGGAUCCCAAGAAGAAUUACAUGGAUGCAACCAAUGAUCAAAUUAUUCAAGCGAUUGAGGAUGUGGUGGCGUAUGAAAAGAAAUGGCACACAAAAUGGUCUGAAGAUACAAAUGACAAUCUGGAUGCUAUUCGACUAAUUGAUCAAUCCAAACAUGAAUUGGCAAAAUCAUUGUUUGGUGAAGCGACAUCAAGGGAAAAACUGGAAUUGAAACCAAAGACCUAUGAUGAACUACAAUGGAUAUUGGAAUCAACAAUACAUGACCUUGAAGAUGAAACUAAUCAAUUGGAAGAUCAGUAUCAUGAUCAAGAUCAAGAGUUUCAACGUCGACGGUCGUUUGUAUCUUUAUUCUUUACGGAUCCCUUUUCAUUUGAAUCCAAAAUGGAAGAUUAUAUUGAUAGUUUAGAAUCAAAUAGAACAACACCUUUCUCACAUAAUACAACUUUUGGAUCUAUAUCUUAAAUCAUCAUAUUUAUUGAAUAAAAUUAUCCUCCUUCUAUUAUUAUCUUUUAUUCCUCUAUGUAGUUUCGGCAGUCUUUGUCAACAUUUAGAAAAAAA